AUGGCUACUUACACUAACGACGACGAUACCGCCGGUGUCCCUCAGGCACCUGGCACUGAGCAUACCGAAUUGCUCUCUUUUCUGCAAUACUUUGAGACCUUGUUUGUUAUCGACGAUUCUUCAAACAUGAAGCGCCAGUGGAGCGACGUGUCAGCUCUUAUUCAAGCCGUCGCUCCAGUUUGUCUCAAAUAUGAUGAAAACGGUGUCGACCUCUACUUUGUCAACCAUAGGCCCAUGCUUUACUUCCCCGGUAUGUCUGUGCGCAAGUCAGGAUAUAACCACAUCGGUAAAGUCCAUAGCGACACCGGAAAGCGUGAUAGCACGCAGAACAUAUUCCAGGGCGUUAAGCCCGGCGGCGGAUGCAAACUAGGCUCUCGUUUGAAGAAAAUCCUAGCCUGGUACAUUGAGCAGCUUAAGCUGGAUCCUCAGCGAGCCCCUCUUAAUGUCAUCGUGAUUACCGCCGGCAUAUCAGACGACGACUUUGCGGCCCCGCUGCUCGAGAUUGCCAAGGAGUUGGAUAGCAUGAACGCACCUGCACAUCAGUUAGGCGUCAUGUUGUUCCAGCUAGGUGAUAACGAGGAGGCGCGUAAGAAAUUCGAGCACGCGGACGACGAGAUGUGGAAGCAAGCUCGCACGCGCGACAUCGUCGACACCGUAGCAUGGCGUGGCUGGCCUGCUAGCUUCGGAUCCGACGACAUGGUUAAGGCUAUAUUAGGUGCCGUGUCAAAGAAGAUGGACGAAGCAAAGACGGCCCUUGCAGGAACAACCCCUCCAAAACGCCACGAAACGAACCUCUAA